AUGUUUAAUAUCCUCAAGUUCGGCGGGAAAAUCCAUAUUUGGGCGGGAAUGGACGUUUACUGGGUUGGGAAGGAUAUUGUCUGCUUUACUCGGGAAGGUCUGACGGUGAUAAACGCGCUCGCUCUUUCUUUCUUUUCUUUCUUUCUUUUUUUCUAUUCUUUCUUUUCACCUAAUCUUUUCUUUCAUUACUUUCUUUCUAUUCUUUCUCUUCAUUCCUUUUUUCGUUUCUUUUCUUUCUUUCUUUGUUUCCGUUUCUUUUCUUUCUUUUUAUGCCUUCUUUUCUUUUCUUUCUUUCUUUUCAUUCUUUCUUUCUUUUCUUUCCUUCUUUUCUUUCUGUUUCGUUUUUUCUUUUUGUUCCUUCUUUCUUUUCUUUCUUCCCUAUCUUUUCUUUUCGUUCUUUCUUUUCUUUUCUUUUCUUUCUUUCUUUUUUUCUUUUCUUUCUUUCUUUUUUUCUUUUCUUUCUUUCUUUUCUUUCUUUUCUUUCCGUUUCUUCUCUUUCUUUUCGUUCCUUCUUUUUUUCUUUCCGUUUUUCUUUCUUUCGUUCUUUCUUUUCGUUCCGUUUCUUUUCUUUCUUUUCAUUUCUUCUUUCUUUUCUUUCUUUCUUUCUUUCUUUCUUUUUUCCGUUUCUUUUCUUUCUUUUCGUUCCUUCUUUCUUUUUUUCAUUCUUUCUUUUCUUUCUUUCUUUCUUUUCUUUCCGUUUCUUUUAAUUCCUUCUAUCUUUCCUUUUCGUUCCUUUCUUUCUUUCUUUCUUUCGUCAGGAUGUAUAAUUAUACACAUACAUACAUACAUACAUACAUACAUCUAUCUAUCUAUCUAUCUAUCUAUCUAUCUAUCUAUCUAUCUAUCUAUUUCUGUCAUUUCAUAUCUAUCUAUCUAUCUAUCUAUCUAUUAUCUAAAACUGUAAAUAUCUAUCUAUGUAUCUAUCUAUCUAUUUCUAUUUCGUCAUAUCUAUCUAUCUAUCUAUCUAUCUAUCUAUCUAUCUAUCUAUCUAUCUAUCUAUCAUCUGUGCACUAUCCAUCUAUCUCUGUCUAUUUUUUGUCUCUUCACUAUCUAUCAAUUUAUAUCAAUCUUUUUUUUAUCUAUCUAUCUAUCUAUCUAUCUAUCUAUCUAUCUAUCUAUCUAUCUCAUUUUGUUCAAAUAUAUCAAUAA